AUGACCCUCGACCGAUCGCAACUCUUCCUCGCUGGCUUCGCUACUCUGGUUGCGUGGGGCAUUGCUGUGAGGCUUGCUCCAGUGCUAUGGCAUCUCGCCAAUGCUUUCUUCAUUGGGGCCUUGUCCACCAUAUUGGUCCUUCUUUGGCUGAACCUGACAACGAUCAAGGGCUCUUCAUCGCUUCCACCCCGCCGUUCUCGCACCUACCCUGCCUUUACCCUCCCGACUGCAUGGCCUACAGAGCUGGCACGGUACAAUAACAGUCUGCAUUAUGAAGCAAUGCAGUUGUAUCCAACUUCCUUGACUGUCUCUAAAUCCCUUGACCAAUUGAUAGACCUUGCCUUGCGUGAAUUCAUUGGCUCCUGGUACAAAAAUAUCUCAUCGCGACCAUGUUUUCUUCACGAGAUCGACCGGCAUAUACGGAUCGCCGCAGUCGAAUUAAGAGAUAGGGUCUUGCGCGAAGAUUUGGUUGGUAUGCUUGUUGCCCGGAUCCUUCCUAUAAUAACGAACCACCUUCACGAGUUUGAGAACGCAGAAAGAACCAUCAAAAGUCGCGCCUUACAACGCAACCUCCCAGAAUCAGAUGAGCUAGACCUAGCUAUUGCCGGCGCAUACAGAGAUGGCAAAUUACACCCUGCUGCAUCCUUAACGUUCUCAGAUACAAAAUCACCUCAGCAGGAACAUAUGAGAAAGAUUCUUGUCCGUGUGCUGCCCCUGCUUCUCGACGACAGCAUGGUCCGAAGCCGAACUGUCUUGAUUCUCGUUAAAGAGAUUGUUGCCUGCGCUGUGCUCUUUCCAGUAUUGCAGUUGCUUGCAGAUUCUGAUACCUGGAAUCAGAUUGUCGAAGCAUAUGGAACAACGACCUUACAGGAUCGUAAGACUGUCAGAAGGAUGCGUGCUGCACUUGACGAGCAUACCUCGACAGCUGCGAGAAAACAGCUUCCAGCCGAAAUCCCACGCCUUCAACCUCUUGACAGUGAGCGGGCGUUCGAAAGGUUCGUCCGGACGAUUCGGAAAACAGAAACACUUGCAGAUGCUCGUCGUUUCCGAAAUCAGAUCGCUAGUCAGCUCGCCAGAGAGCGACAGGUCGAGGGUCAAGAUCCUGUUUAUCUACGACGCUUGGAGAUGGGCAAGCGUGUGCUUGAUCAAAAGAUAGCGAAGACGACAAAAUUGGAGGUCGCAGUCAAUGGCAAUACGGCUGGGGAGGUUGACACUGGUCGUCCAGUUAGAGCAUCAAAUUGGACAAUAGUCGACAUCAUGCACACCUCUUCUGGGUUGUCGUAUUUCAUGGAGUUCAUGGAAAGACAGAAGAAGAUGGCAUUUGUUCAAUUCUGGGUUGUGGUUGAUGGCUUUCGCAACCCGCUCGAAGACGACUUCGGGGACGAGAAAUUAUCGGCCACAGUGACGUGGACCAACACAGACCGGCUAGACAUUGCACAGAUUGCCGAGAUGUACAUAUUGAAGAGCGAUCUAAAUGUGCCAAAAGAGCUUCAAGAUGGUGUUCAAGACUUCCUGCAAGCUGGUCGAAGAGCUACGCCUGAGCAGUAUCGUACUGCACGAAUGGCGAUACUGUCCGCUCAAUCUGCCGUUCUUGAAGAAUUGGAGCAGAAAUAUUGGCCAAAGUUUUGUGAAUCAGAUCUAUACUACAAGUUUCUCGCUUCUGAUGAAGGCAGAGCUGUGAGAGAAUCACGGCAUAGUAUUGAUGCUAAUGGCACAUCCACUACAGAACCAACUUCACCUCGACCUAGAACGUAUACACCACCCAUUAGCAGGAUCAGUUCGCAAGCGCAGAUAAGCAAGUCACGAGAUCUCCGAAGGGCUGCUCUUUCCUCCUCGGACGUCAAAGGACUUGCUACCCUGAAGGCAUUUGACGAGGUCAUGCCAGUUCGUCGGUCGUUAGACGUCGAUCGACCACUGUUUGACGAUGAAUACGACAAUGACCCUCUUUCAUUAUCGGUUCAAAGCAUUGGCAAUGACUCUACUACCGGAGAUCCGCAUGCAGAGCCCGAGGUGAUCGAGAAUAUGGAAGCUGCGCUAAACACUAUCAUGUCACAAAGCCCGAUCACGGACGUAACAGACCUGGAGAACGACACUCUCUUUGGUGCCGCUUUAUCACCUCAAACAUUCAGUCGUCCAUCGUUAGAUACAGCUCGUUCUGGAAAUGCAGUCAACGCGAGGAUUAAACCCAGCCUCGCGACAUUAGGUUUGGUCAAUACAUCUGGGAGAAUUGGUGUGUUUCAAGACAAUGACCUCUUUGGCGAUGAAGCAAAGUUUGUAGAAGACGAAUACGCUGACCACGGGGAAGAGCACAAGGACCAGCCGGAUGAGGAGAUACACCAAGCAGCUCCGAGUGAUUUGGGCUUGACAGAAGCCAUAACGGUUCUCUCAGAUGAUAUUGAACGUUUGGUGUCUCAAGAAGCCGUUGUUGAUACUUUAACUCGAAAGGCCGAGCUGACUAACAAUGUCGCUGAGCUGCGAAUCCUGGGUAAAUCGAAAGCGAGUCUCCAACGUGAGAUACGUCGUAAGGAGCUUCAGAGGCAGCAGUAUAUCGUCCAGGAAAGCGACAACAGUUUAUAUGGCCGAGCCUCUAUCAAUAUAGAGUCAGUCAUGGUCGGACGUGAAGACGAUGGUCAAGAGUAUGCAGUUUACAUCAUCAAGGUACGGCGUCACGCUGGUGACCAACUGCCUGCAACAUCAUGGGCCAUAGCGCAUCGCUACAGCGAAUUCCACAGCUUGCAUCAAAGGCUGCGAAGACGCUAUCCAUCUACGCGUAAUAUGGACUUCCCAAGACGACGUGUAGUUUUGAAACUUCAGAAGCAAUUUCUGCACGGGCGUCGACUUGCACUCGAAGCCUGGUUGCAACAACUUUUGCGUAUGCCUGACGUCUGCCGCAGCCGCGAAUUCCGUUCUUUUCUAUCACAACAAGCUAUUAGUCAACCGAAGAAGAACGAUAGCACACCUAAUUCCGUGAACACCCAAGACAUGGUGACACGGAUCUACAAUUCAGUUACAGACGGCAUGGACGACUUUCUAGGCAAUGUGGCCGUGCUUGAUCAGCUCUCCGUUGCAGGGCAGAACCUCAUCUCAGCAGCAACCAGUCAAAUGACCUCGCCUAUGCCAAACACCGUGGUCAGUAGUACCUCAUCCUCUGACGAUGUGAUCAUUCAACCAGGCUCCAUCGCCGAGGCGGAAGCCGAGUUACGUGCCUUUGAAGACAAAGAACUGGCACCUUUCGUUAAGCCCAUCUGCGAUAUCUUCCUUGAGAUCUUUGAACUCAACCGCGGUAACAAUUGGUUGCGAGGCCGCGCUGUGGUCGUCGUGAUCCACCAGUUACUUGGUGGAACGGUGGAGCGCAAAGUCCGUGACUCGUUUUCUGCUCUGUUCUCAGAGUCGGCAUUGUUGCGUUACAUUGAGAAAGCGAGGACCACAAUGUGGCCAUCUUCUGACUCCAAAGACUCAGAGGCUGGCAGUACUGGGAACCAGAGCGAGGAAGUGAGGAAGCGAACACCCAAUCCUCCUAGAACGAAGGCACAAAAAGACCACAGUCGACGUGAGGCCGCACUUGUGUUAAGCUCGCUAAUCCCUGAGCUAGCUGGCAGUGUGGUCGGGCGUGCUAACGCGCAGAGUGCAGCGAGAAGGCUAGCGGCUGUGAUGAAUAAUAAGAGGCUGAAUGAACAUUUGGUGUGCACGGUCCUAGACGAGAUGGUUGGCUUUUUGUUUGAUGAGGUUAGCUUUAGUGGGCGUCACGGAUCAAAGGACAAGCCGAAGAAGAAGGCGAAAUAG